AUGUUAUUAGAUUCUGAAAAUGAUGACAACACUCAUUCACAUGCUCCAUCGCCACUACCCGAUCUUGAUCAAAUAAAAAAGCAAUUUAAAAUUGCUAUUUCUGACUCUUUAAAUAAAUAUUGGCUCGAUUUUUAUGAAGUUGGAUUGGUAGCUACUCUUUUAGACCUCCGAACCAAAAAAAUGACUGCAUUUACAAAUAGAAAGCGAAAAAAGGCUGAAACAAAAUUAAGAAAUGAAUUUGAGAAUUUACAAUAUAUUAAUAUUACUAGCAAUGAUCAACCAUUGCAACAAACAUCAACGUCAAAAGCUACUGAAAUAAUGCAAAAUCCAUUUUUUGAAGUUAUUUUUGGAUACAAGGUCAAGAAGAUACAUCUUUGGAUGAGGUGGCACGAUAUCUGA